AUGAGCCGACCUGAACAGUGGAAGAGGUCAAAAACUGAUGUACACAACCCUUAUUCAGCCCAGGAUAGAUAUCGCAGGUACCACGAUUCCAUGGAUGACGAAACCAAAACACCAGACUUUUCUAUUCCCUUAAUUCCUAAACCUAUAGAUGUCAUUACGACAUCCGGUCAUGGUUCAAUCAAGGUAAAUAACUCCUGGGUGAUUCGACAUUCAGAAGCUUUAACAUCCGAAGGAAAGUAUUUGAAAGGAGAAACUGGGUUAAGCAUUGCCAAUAAACAAACAUCAAAAAACGUUAUUGAGCUUAUAAUUGAUGAUGUCAUACAUCCAUUGACAAAGAAAAGUUUUGGGCAUAUCGAAGCCUAUAAGCUGGAAGUUAGUUCAAGAGCAAGUUGGAUAGCUAUUACUGGGAAAUCAGCGAGUGGAGUUUUUAAUGGAAUUCAGUCCUUUCUGGCACUCUUUUCUACUGGUGAUGUGAUACGUGAUAUGAUAAUUGUGGAUCAACCUAGAUUAUCAUAUCGAGGGAUGCAUGUUGACGUUUCUCGUAACUUUCACCCAGUAUUCUCUAUUGUGAAGUUGAUUGACGGAAUGGCGAUGGUGAAGAUGAACAAACUGCAUCUUCAUUUAUCAGACGAUGAGGGCUGGAGGUUGGAAAUUCCAGGUUUACCAGAAUUAACCGAGAUAGGAGCAAAAAGAUGUUUCAAUGUAGAUGAAUGUCUUCCACCUCAAUUGGGAUCCGGUCCCGAUUCUUCUACUUCCGGUAGUGGUUAUUAUACCAUUUCAGACUACAAGAAAAUUCUUCAGCAUGCAUCUUCAAGACACAUACAAGUUAUACCAGAGUUUGACUUUCCAGGACACGCACGUGCAGCCAUUAAGGCUAUGGAAAAGAGAUAUCAUGACAAGAUUAAUCUCAACAGAACUUUAGCGGAGGAAUAUCUUCUUCAUGAUUUUCAUGAUAAAUCGGAAUAUUUAUCCGUACAGUUUUAUAACGAUGGUGCUGCCAAUCCGUGUUUAAACUCAACCUACACAUUUUUAGGUCACGUAAUUGACGAGCUUAUCAACGUGCACAAAGAUAUUCAACCUUUGACCUUAUAUCAUUUUGGUGGUGAUGAGGUUGCUAAAGGAGCAUGGGUAGAUUCGCCAAAAUGUCAAAACCUUAAUCAUGGGAAUCCAAUGUCCAAAGACCAAAUAAGCGACAUGUUUUUAAAGAGAGUGGACGAUAUUACAUCCAAAAGAGGAUUGGAUAUGGCUGCGUGGGAAGACGGUGUUUCGGAGCAGCAAAAACCAUUUGAUAAAGCUUCACUCAAGUCAAAAGAUGUGUAUGUCUAUACUUGGCAAAAUGUUUGGGAAUGGGGAACUACUGACAUUGCGUACAGAAUUGCCAAUGCUGGAUAUAAGGUUAUACUGUGUCAAGCAACCUACCUCUAUUUUGAUCAUCCCCAGGAGCCAGAUCCUGAAGAACCGGGAAUGUCUUGGGCUAUCAGAUUCACUGAUACCAAGAGAGUCUUUAGUUUUAUAGUCGAUGAUAUUUAUCAGAAUACAGAUCAAACAGUCAUGGGUAUUCCUCAGACUACAAGUCAAGUAUGCAGAAAUAACAAAAUAUGCCCUCCAUUGAAGAAACCAGAAAAUAUAGUUGGUAUACAAGGUCAACUUUGGAGUGAAACGGUUAGAUCCCCAGAAAGAUUAGAGUAUAUGAUCUUCCCGAGAUUAUUAGCAUUAGCUGAGAGAGGGUGGCAUAAGGCUGCUUGGGAAUCUAUAACUGAUGUUGAUAAAAGAAAUGCCAAUAUGGAUGAAGAUUGGUCAAGGUUUUCUAAAAUUGUGGGAAGGAAUUAUUUAUGGAGAUUAGAAAAACUUGGCAUUCGGUACCGAAUUCCACUGCCAGGCGGAAAAGUUGAAAACAACAGAAUACUAACCAAUACAGAAUUUCCGGGUCACACUAUCGAGUAUUUUUUACCGGAAAAAGGUAUUUGGGAAACAGUCUCUAAAAACACAGUGUACACUGAAAAUACUCCUAUUCUAUUGAGGACAAGAAAUCAUGAUGGAAGUAGAAUAAGUCGUACUGUUGUCCUCCAUCCAGGUUUCGUUGCCAACAUUAUGAAAAAUAACUAG